AUGGAAUUAAAAUCACCAAAAGCUAAGAAGAAAUCAGACAUACCUGUGUGGAGGAAAAUUAUACGUACGCCAAUACUCCUUCUUCUAUUGCUAGGCUCCAUAAAUUGUGACAUAAGUGACAGUGACAGUCAAAUGACAGGUUACAGUGACAGUGACAUGUCAAUAGGUGACAGUGACGUAAGAAAUGUUGCCAAUACGAGCCGAAGUCAACAUAUACAUCCAAACACCAAAAAGGUUUUAAAUGAUAUAAAAUAUUUGAGGCGGCAUUUGAAUAAGGAGAUAAUUAAUUUUGUUAUGACCGAUGUACUGGUGGAUGGGGAGAUUGAGAAUAGGAUACAUUACAACGGAAUUACGGCGAAGGAGACUUAUGUGGGGAAAGACGGAAACGGCCUUAAACUUCGCCAGCUAUCAGAUGGAAAGCAUCUAAUACAGAUCAUAUAUUCAUCGGAUGAGGAAAUUCAGGACUGCGAAUACAUAUCAGGGAGACCAGCUCGAGAAUUCCUCAGGAGUUUGAGGAAAGAACUAAAACAGGCUUUAGAUGAAGAAACUUCUAGAAUUUACCAGAGAACCAAAGAUAUUGGUGAUGAGAAAUUCUAUAGGACCUUCGGAAAUGUUACUUUUAGAGUUUUGAGGAAUGAAAAAUUACCUAGUGAUAUAUCAAAUUGGAUGGACUAUGAUAGAUUGAAGCACGAAUGCUUUCAACGACACGAGCAGCUCAAAUACAUGAUGGAGAACAGAAGCAAUGGAGAUCAUCAGAGAUCUCGCAGGUCGAUCAGGGAAAAUUUUAUAAUGCCCGGCACGAAAUGGUGUGGAGCUGGUCAGUUGGCGGAGACAUACAACGAUCUAGGGUCUGACAGGGAUGAAGACAGAUGCUGUAGGUCACACGACAACUGCCGCGUGAACAUCGGACCUUUUAAACGAAAAUUCGGCUUAUUCAACUAUAGGCCGUACACGAUUUCGCAUUGUCGCUGUGAUAGAAGAAGGAAGAGAGAUAUGGAGUUACUCCGCGUUCCUGGCACGAAAUGGUGUGGGAAAGGUUACUCUGCGACUCAUUAUUCUCAACUUGGUGGAUAUACGAGGACGGACAGAUGCUGUAGGGUCCAUGAUUUAAGAUGUCCUUUCUGGAUCGGAGGUAUGGAGAAGAAAUUUGGUCUUUACAAUUGGAGAGUUAACACUUUGAUGCAUUGCCGGUGCGAUGAGAGAUUUCGUGCAUGUCUGAAGCUAGCCGAUACGUCUGUUUCAAAUAUGGUGGGCAAAUUAUUCUUUAAUAUUGUUCAAACUAAAUGUUUUAUUUUGAAACCGAUGAAGGUAUGUACGGAAAGGUCUUGGUGGGGGAAAUGUCUUCGUCACGGUUCUAUGAAGCAGGCGUUUUUAAGAGACAAUCUACCAUACUGA